AUGUCAUUAGAUAUAGUUGAAGAUGUUUUACAAAUCCUUGAUUGUAAAAUAGGUUUUUGUAAAUAUGGAUCAGGACCAACUAAUAUUUUAAUGAUUCCUGGUGGUGUUGGAUGUUACAAAAAGGAUUAUCCUGAUUUUUUAUUAAGUCAUUUUGAUCCAAACUAUGUAACUAUUGUUUGUAUUGAUCCACCAGGUUAUGGAACAAGUAGACCUCCAGAUAGAAAACAAUCAAUCAAUAGAUGUCAAUUAGAUGCAAAAUAUUGUCUCGAAUUGAUGAAAAUUCUUAAAUUAGAGCCAUUUAAUGUUGUUGGAUGGAGUGAAGGUGGAAGAACUGCUAUUCAUGUUGGAGGUCAAGGAAAAGAUUUAGUUAAACAUAUAGUUCUUAUUGCUACAAGUACUAAAGUUGAUCAAAGAGGUGCAACAGUUUUUAAAGGAAUGCGUAACACAAAUCAAUGGCUUCCAAAUUCAAGAGAAGUAUAUCUACAACAUUACUCAGAAGAAUUUCUUAGAGAACAAUGGGGAUCAUUAUGUGAUUUAGUUUCAGAAGUUUAUGAAAUGCUUGGUGGUGUUUUUUUAUCUCAUAAUAUUCUUCCUCAAUUACAAUGUCCAGUAUUAUUAAUAAAUGGUGGACAAGAUAGAUUUAUAAUGGAUCCAAAAAUUAUAACAGAUAGAUUAAAACAUUUUAAAGUAUUGGUUCAUGCUCAAGCUUAUCAUGAUGUUCAUAUAAAAUAUCCAAAAUGGUUUGCAAAAAAUGUAUAUCAAUUUAUAACAGAUGAACAAAGUUGUGAAAAAUAA